CAUUCUACUGUCACAACCCUGAAUUUGGUAACUAUAUAAGGUCUCCAUAUGAGAAGCUGAAGGCUCAAGGAAGGAGACCAACAAAGACAAUUAAAAAUGGAAAACUACAGAGCAAUCUUCUUCAUGUUGUCGUCAUUGGUCUGCUUUGUUGGGAAGCAAGCUUCAGCAGCUCAACAUGCUGUCGGAGGAAGCCAAGGGUGGGAUGAAUCCACAGAUUUCAGCUCAUGGGCCUCAGCCCAGAAGUUCAAAGUUGGUGACCAACUUGUGUUCAAGUACAGCUCCGGGCUGCACAGCGUGGUGGAGCUAGGGAGCGAGUCGGCCUACAAGAGCUGCGACCUUGGCUCUUCAUUGGACUCCAUGAGCACAGGCAAUGAUGUGGUGAAGCUGGGCAAACCCGGGACACGGUUUUUCGCUUGCGGGACAGCAGGGCAUUGUGGUCAAGGGAUGAAGGUGAAGAUCACGGUCGACUCCGGCAGUGCAGCGUCCACUCCGGCAUCACCUUCAACUUCGUCUUCAUCAUCGUCCUCGUCCUCGUCUUCUGAUGCUGUUCAAUCUGUUGUUGGAUCCAUGGCUUUGCUUGCAGGAGUGUUGAGCUUGAGCUUGUUGAUGCCUCAACUGGUUUGAGAAUUGAAGCUAGAGUAUAUUUUGUACUAUGUUCUUUUUAUGCUUUAUGUUUAUGGGGGAGAAUUACAAAUUCUAGUUAGUAACUGAGGAAAUGUGGGUAUGGUAUAUUUUGGAUUUGUUUCAUUUUUUAAUUUUAUAUUCUUUUUAAGGAUGGUUUUGUAUUAAUUUUACUUUGUAAUAAACUAAGUGCAGACUAUAUUAUGGAAAAAAAUCCAA